GUACUUGGCCUCCCUCUGCCCCAUCUCGCUCGCUUCCGACUUCCCGAGUGACCCAGACCCCUCGCUCCGUGGAUAGUCCCGCCACCCAUCCCGCUGCCGAGCGCCCCAGCCCCCGCUCGUCUUCCUCCUCGCGCGAGCGCCUCCACCGCAGGUUGAUCUCCCCUUUGAUUCUCUCGUUCCCGUCCGUUUCUCCUCCCAUCACCCCACGAACGGAUUCCGCCGUUUAGCUCCCCGUUUCAUAAUCUUCCCCAAUUCGUAACUGACGCAAAAUUCAAUACCUUACCCUACUGGGUCCUCCGCCCGUGGCGGGCGGGCAUCAUGGAGCUGUGCUGCUCCGGAGUCUUAGGCAGCGGCGGCAUCGGCGCCAAGACACCUAUAGCCUCGGGAGUCUUAAGCAGCGGCGGCACCGGCGUCAGGACACCUGUAGCCCGAAAGCACAGGAGUUCCGCUGGGCUGUUGGUUGCUCCGCCCAAGAGGCGGCCAACCAGCCGCCGCGCCGGCUCCAACAAGCUGGCGCCGCCCUGUGACGAACGGGAGGGCCGGCCCGGCGCACAGAACGUUGUCCAUAUGCUUAGGUCGGCUGCCGCCGAUCCGGCGGAAGCUCUCCAGCUGUUCAAGUCCGUCGCGCAGCAGCCCAGAAUCGUCCACACCACGGAGUCGUGCAACUAUAUGCUCGAGUUGAUGCGCGCCCAUGGCCGGGUCAGGGACAUGGCCCAGGUGUUCGACCUAAUGCAGAGGCAGAUAGUCAAAGCUAAUGUGGGUACCUUCUUGACCAUUUUUAGGUCACUCGGCAUGGAAGGGGGCCUCCGGAGUGCGCCGGUGGCCUUGCCGAUGAUGAAAGAGGCUGGCAUUGUCUUGAAUUCGUACACCUACAAUGGCCUGAUAUAUUUCCUCGUCAAGUCUGGGUAUGAUAGGGAGGCGAUGGAGGUGUACAAGGUGAUGGCCACAGAUGGUAUCGUGCCAAGUGUGAGGACAUACUCUGUGCUGAUGUUGGCGUUUGGGAAGAGGGACGUUGAGACGGUUGUUUGGUUGUUGAGAGAGAUGGAGGAUCAUGGCGUGAAGCCAAAUGUGUAUAGCUACACCAUCUGUAUCCGGGUUCUUGGACAAGCUGGAAGAUUUGAGGAGGCGUAUAAAAUUCUUCAGAAAAUGGAGGAUGAGGGCUGCAAACCGGAUGUUGUCACCAAUACUGUGCUUAUACAGAUUCUCUGUGAUGCCGGUCGAGUUAGUGAUGCCAAGGAUGUAUUUUGGAAGAUGAAAGCAAGUGAUCAAAAACCUGAUCGGGUGACAUACAUUACUCUCUUAGACAAGUGUGGUGACAACGGUGACUCACGGUCAGUAAUUGAAAUAUGGAAUGCCAUGAAAGCUGAUGGGUAUAAUGACAAUGUCGUUGCUUAUACUGCAGUUGUGGAUGCAUUGUGCCAAGUUGGGAGGGUCGAUGAAGCUUCAGAUGUUUUUGAUCAGAUGAAACAAAAGGGUAUAGAACCUCAGCAGUAUUCAUACAAUUCCUUGAUAUCUGGGUUUCUGAAAGCUGAUAGGCUUAACCAUGCUCUGGAGCUGUUCAACCAUAUGAAUAUUCAUGGUCCUACUCCAAAUGGCUACACAUAUGUCCUUUUCAUAAAUUACUAUGGAAAAUCUGGUGAAUCUCUGAAAGCAAUUAAAAGGUAUGAGCUUAUGAAGAGCAAAGGGAUUGUUCCAGAUGUCGUUGCUGGUAAUGCUGUUUUGUAUAGUCUUGCUAAGUCUGGUAGGCUUGGAAUGGCAAAAAGGGUCUUCCAUGAAUUAAAAUCUAUAGGUGUAUGUCCAGAUAAUAUCACCUACACUAUGAUGAUCAAGUGUUGCAGCAAGGCGUCAAAUGCUGAUGAGGCCAUGAAGGUCUUCUCUGAAAUGAUUGAAACUAGAUGUGUUCCUGAUGUUCUGGCAGUUAAUUCUUUGAUUGAUACGCUCUACAAGGCAGGCAGGGGUAAUGAAGCUUGGAAAAUCUUCCAUGAACUGAAAGAGAUGAAUCUUGAUCCCACUGAUUGUACUUACAACACACUUUUGGCAGGAUUAGGAAGGGAAGGUAAAGUCAAGGAGGUAAUGCAUUUACUUGAAGAAAUGAACUCUAAUAGCUAUCCACCUAAUUUAAUAACGUACAAUACAGUUCUAGAUUGUCUCUGCAAAAAUGGGGAGGUGAACUAUGCACUGGGCAUGUUAUACAAUAUGACAAUGAAAGGUUGCAUGCCUGACCUUUCAUCUUACAACACUGCUCUGCAUGGCCUCGUUAAAGAGGAUAGAUUGACUGAAGCAUUCAGGAUCUUUUGUCAGAUGAAAAAGGUCCUUGCUCCAGAUUAUACAACACUAUGCACUAUCCUCCCGAGUUUUGUGAAAAACGGAUUAAUGAAUGAAGCUCUGCAUACUCUUAAAGAAUAUAUUCUUCAGCCUGGUUCUAAAGCGGAUAGAUCUUCUUUCCAUUCACUGAUGGAAGGGAUACUGAAGAGGGCUGGAAUGGAAAAGUCAAUUGAGUUUGCCGAAAAUAUAGCAUUGAGUCGUAUUCUCCUGGAUGAUUUCUUUCUGAGCCCAUUAAUUAGACAUCUCUGUAAGAGCAAGAAAGCUCUUGAGGCACAUGAACUCGUCAAAAAGUUUGAGAGUCUGGGAGUUUCACUAAAAACUGGGUCAUAUAAUGCUCUGAUUUGUGGUCUUGUAGAUGAAAACCUGAUUGAUGUUGCUGAAGGCUUGUUCUCUGAAAUGAAGAGGCUUGGUUGUGACCCUGAUGAGUUCACUUACAAUUUGAUUCUCGAUGCCAUGGGGAAGUCAAUGCGGAUUGAGGAUAUGUUAAAAGUCCAAAAAGAGAUGCAUUGCAAGGGAUACGAAUCAACUUACGUUACCUAUAACACAAUUAUUUCAGGUCUCGUAAAAUCAAAAAUGUUGUACGAGGCUAUGGACUUGUACUACAAGCUGAUGAGCGAAGGCUUCUCUCCCACCCCAUGUACAUACGGUCCUCUUCUUGAUGGACUGUUAAAAGAUGGAAAGAUUGAAGAUGCAGAAGAUCUUUUUGAUGAGAUGCUGGAUUAUGGAUGCAAACCUAAUCGCGCCAUCUACAAUAUUCUGCUAAAUGGAUAUCGAUUAGCUGGUAACACAGAAAAAGUGUGCGAGCUCUUCCAGAAUAUGGUUGACCAAGGAAUAAACCCAGAUAUAAAAUCAUACACAGUUCUUAUCGGCGCCCUCUGCACAGCUGGGCGAUUAAAUGAUAGUUUGUCUUAUUUUAGGCAACUGACAGAACUGGGACUUGAGCCUGAUCUCAUCACUUAUAAUCUGCUCAUUCAUGGCCUUGGCAGAUCUGGAAGAUUAGAAGAAGCAGUCUCCCUCUUCAAUGACAUGGAGAAGAGUGGAAUCGCCCCGAACCUGUACACGUACAAUUCGCUAAUUCUCUACCUAGGAAAAGAAGGGAAGGCUGCUGAAGCUGGCAAGAUGUAUGAAGAACUGCUGAAAAAUGGUUGGAAACCUAAUGUUUUCACAUACAAUGCCCUUAUUGGGGGGUACAGUGUUUCUGGCAGUACUGAUAAUGCCUUUGCUUCCUAUGGUCAGAUGAUUGUUGGAGGCUGCCCACCUAAUUCUAGCACUUACAUGCAACUUCCAAAUCAGUUGUUGUAACCAACUAAUUAUUGUAUGGAAACUGUUUUUGUAUAGUUAUGUUUAUAAUGAGAAGGUGAUCAACUGUAGAUAGUAACUAAUAGCGACAUGUCUGAGUUUUCCUAUGGAUCAUAUUCUACACAA